ACCAUGUCGUCAGCAUUUUGAUGAGAAAUUAUAGUUAUGCCAAAAUCAUAUGAAAAUAUGCUCUUUUUUAUCUUGUAGAAAGAGGGGGAGUUAACAAAAUACAGGAAUGUGUGGUAUGGUUGGAAAAAAUAUUACUUCAAGUUGGAGAGGAGUUAUUUACAUUAUUUUGAAUCAAAAUAUGUGAGUGUUGCAUUUAGUGCAUUAACAUUUAAUCUGAGUUGCACUCAAUAAAAUGUUUUUUAUUCAUUUUUCCAUACUAGACAGCGAAACCUGUAGGCACCACAACUAGAGGUGAAAUAUCCGAAGUUACUUUCUCUAAAGACCAUCCACUAAUUGGGUUUGAAAUUCACCUCAAAUCUGGAGAAAUUUGGUACUUGCAAGCAGCAAAUCAUGUAUGUUAGAAUAAAAACCUUUAUUCUGGGUUGUUAUUCAACUAAUCAGUAAUUGACAUGUUCUUGGUUAUUAAUUAAACUGUUGUGAUUAGACACUUUUGUAAAUUGUUUAGGAGGAACGAAUGGAUUGGAUGAGAACAUUAAAACCUGAUGCAAUUAUCGUUGACCCAUUUAAAGUACAGUACAUAUUUCUUUUUUCAAUGUGGAAAACGUAUGAGUAUUUGAAUCAGUCAGUCCCCCAACCAAACCAGUUAUCUGUUGCCAAUGGUCAGUCAGAUGAUCAGACGAGUCAAUUGUCUGAUUGGCCAACUGACCAACCAUUCAAAUGAUAUAAAUAACGUGACUGGUCUCAGUGAGAUGGUUGAUCAGUCAGUUUAUUAAUAAAAAUGCUUUGUUUUAAUUUAGAGCAAUGCAGCACCUCUCAGUGGCCAGCAAGCUACUCCGAGUGCGCCGCCACAGGUAGAACAAAAUCUGUUUCCAGCAAAUUAUGAAAGAAUAUACCCCCAUCUACAAACUCAAAAUACAAAUGCUCCAGUUUGCCACGGUUCCUCUUGUCUAUCAAAUUCAAUACCUCCACCAGCCUAUGACGAUAUUAACUAUAGAUAAUAUAUAUUAUGAAUAUAAUACAUGGAUUACAGAAUAGAGAUCCUACAGAAGGUCGACUCAGCCAAAAAAGUAUACCCACUGCCAUGCUGUGAUUUGCAAUGAUUUGUCAUCAAAAUGCACUCGCCAUGAUGUUCUAUGCCAUGGCAUUUACAAGAGGCAUCCACCACCUGAAUGUCCACCAUUUUGCAUAUUUUCAGGGGGGUGAAUGCCUCUCGUAAGCACACUUGGCUAUAGCCUGAACAUUGCGACAGCCAACCUCAUUCCCAGGGCUUUUCCCUUUUUGUCAUUAGGUGCGACAGCAUUGCACUGAAAACGCCAAAAUCAUAGGCAAAACCAAGGAAGUCAGCCUUCUGUAAAGUUUCUAAUCUUUGACCAGUGUCCCAUUCAAGUGGUCAAACAUGGAUGCGACUAAGUGUUGGUCUAAAUAAUUGAAUCUGGAUGUAUUUACCAACUAUUAGCUGAGUAAGCCAACAUAAUUAUGGAAUAUAUGUUUCAUUGGUAACUAGAUCAGAACAUGUAUUAUUAAUGUUUUUGUAUAUAUAGUAAAAACGAAUAAAUGUUCAAUAUAAAAUACAGAAUAUUUUCGGAUUAAGCCAGGAAACAUUUCCAGUGUAUCUGUAAUGCUGAAAAUUGUAAUGCUGAUAUUUUGGGGUCAAUAAGGGGCAGGUCAUUAAUAAUGGGAGGGGGGCAUGGAUGAGAAAAGGGGGGGGGGUGGCUUCAACUAUUUUUGCCUGAAUUGGGGGCAGCUAUGAAGGUGGGGGCGUCUUGAUAAUAAUGGUCUUGCGAUUGGGGGAGGCUCUAAAAAAUUUCAAUAUUUGGUAUUUAUCACCCACCGCUCCUCCCCCCUUACAUUAUCAAUGGCCGGCCCCUAAUUCAUUGUUUGAAAAUUAUGUAACAAAACUAACAAUCCUCCAGUCGCUGCAUUUAAAAUUUCACCCGCUUCAUCGCUCUACACCUUCCGCUAUAUAAAAUCCGCUCUCAUAAUGAGGAAAUUACGAACUUGAAAGUGGAAACACUGCAAAGAAGGCAAGAAGCACAGUUUCUAGGAUAAAUAUAUUAUUAAUUAAUGCCUUGAAAAAAGUAAAAGUGAGAAAAUAUUAACAAUUUUUAAGCUGUAUUUUUCGCAUCCAUUUUGUAAAAAAGGACUGGCACCUGCAGAAAACAGUCAUGGCCGGCUUCAAAGUCGAAGGCGGCGAACUUAUCGUUCAAGUUUAUUUGUAGUUCAACGCUGUCACUAUGGUCACUAUGGCCUUUCCAGUUUCCAAACACCCGAUGUAAAUCACUGCGAAAAGAGUUAAAAAGAAUUUGGAUAUGAGUUCGGAGAUACGUUUGGUAAGCUUUAUUUUAAUAAACGCUACGGCUAACAUUCCAUUACAUGUAAAAAUUUACUACGUUUCUAGUAUAAUUUUGAGUAUUGUGCUUUAUACAGUGACUUUAACACUAUACCAUAGGCAGCCCAGAUAUGUGUGUUGACUUUAUUCCAGUUUCUGAAAGUGAAAUAGCUUUAAACACUUGCGCGUGGAAAUUAUCAUGGUCGCGUGACGCUCGCGUGAGCAUUGUCAUGAUGAUACAAUGAAUCAUUGUGAUGACAAUGCCCACACGAGCGUCAGGUGACCGUGAUAAUUUCCACGCGCAAGUGUUGAAAGCUAUUUCACUUUCAGAAACUAGAAUAAAAUCAACACACAUAUCUGGGCUGCCUAUGACUAUACUAACGGAGUGGUUUGCUGCCGUAGCCACAGAAUAGGAAGGUAUACCAGAAGCACAGAUGAUAGAUAAUACCAGAUGUAUUCACUCUAUCCCUAUGAUUUUCGUGUCCGCGAUUUUCGCGAGGCUAUCACGCCAGGUGACGUGUGUGACACUUACUGCCAAAAUGGCGCUUACUGCCAAAAUACGUGAUUGCUCACAUUCCAUGGCGUGGAUCAUAGAGAUUAUAAAUAACACUAGAGGAGGCAUUGUAAUCUUAAUUCAGUAAAAAAGGGAACACAGCUAUUGGGGGCAAAUUCAAGUCCCGGAUGUGUAUUGACGUUCCCAUUGGUGACGAGUUUCAAAUCGGCCAAUGAGAGCACGAUUUUAUAUCCGGGACUUGAAUUUGCCCCCCAUUAGCUGUGUUCCCAAUUUUUAACCUCGAUGCCUCCUCUAGUGUUAUUUAUAAUCUCUAUUGUGUGGAUUACAGUUACUGCCAAAAUGACGGCCAACGCGUGCUCAUAUAAAGUGGGUGUAGGUAAAACAUGGCCCUAGUCCAUGGCCCAGUGUACGGCCCUACUGGCCACCUGUUUUUCCUUCAAUUUAGAUGUGUAAAUUAUGUCAAAAUUAUUUUAACGUGUUGAGUUCAUAUAUGUUUCAUAUAUAUUAUAUAAUAUUGAUUUGAGCUAUUACUGUAAAAUACGAAAUAAGUUUUGACCAGUCACCAGUGCGUUUUACGAUUAGUACAUAAUAUGGACUAUUACAUAAAGUACGAACAACGUUGUUUAGAAACAACACAUGUUCACGUGAGAGAAUCAAUGUCGGCCGCAUGGCGCACAACUACAUUGUUUUGUGGGGUGAGUUUUUAUCGGGUUUUUUUUAGCUUUUUGGGGGGUCAGGGGCGGAUUUAGACCGUUGCAACUGUAGCAUAUGCUACGGUCAGAUUUUCCAUAGGCCAGUUCUAACAUGGAUCAUAAAAUCAAUUUAAAAUAUAAUUUAGCAAUAUUUUGUUUACUUUCCUUGUUUAUAUUUCAAGGAUUUAUUUUGAUUUGGUUAUGUUUAAAACAUUUUAUUUUGACAAAUUGAUGACAUUGAUACAUAACGUUAAUUGUUUUAAGAAUUCCCGCCCGAAAAUACGCUUGUAAUUGCCCGUUUGCGGGUCAUUAUGCAAUAGACUAUAGCCUAGAAAAUAGCAUCCUUCAGGAAUACACCGUAACGUGUUGCCCAUAUAUGAUCAAUUUUCGCUACGGUCAGAUUCAUUAAGGUCGAAUCUGACCGUAGCGAAAAUCGGCAUAUGCUACGGUGGCAUGAAAUUUGCUACUGCUCCAGAACGAUGGAAUAUCUGAUAUUUGUGUUUGGCUCAUCAACAACAUGCUAUUGGGAACCCACAGUGCGGUUGUGCGCAUAUUUUCGAAAUGAAAGCCGUCGUAAAGCUAAAGAAUAUAUACGAGUCGAGGUAGAAAUAAAAUCAGAUAGUUAAACGAAUCAUUUCCAGUCAGGUAAGCCUUAUGAAUAAUAAGAGAUUACUGUAUAGUGUUCGCUAUUAACUUCGCUUUGUUUGUGCGCGUAUGUACAGUAUACCUGCAUGUAUUGGAAUUAAUACGCGAAUUAUGAUACGCGCGUAUAUAUAUCGUGCCAUAGCGCCCUAAUAUUUGUUUGUAAUGCGUAUUCGUAUGAUACGCGCGUUCAUAUGAUACGCGUAUUCGUAUGAUACAUUAUGUUCAUUAUGAUACACGCGUUGGCAGAUGAUACGCGUAUUUCGGUAUUCAAUUGAUAAUGAUAAUAAUGAUAUGCGUAUGAUACGAGUAUCAUACCGGUAUCGUAUGUUAAGAUAUACGCGAGCGAUACUUUACUUUUUGAGAUCUUUCUUAUUUUUGCUUGGAAAAUGAGUACAUUACAAUGAGGACAAAUUUAAUGGUCACACGCAGUGCUCAGAACGCAGGAAAUGGCAUUUCCGGGCUUCAAAUUUCAAAAAUUUUCCGGGGGGCAUGCCCCCGGACCUCCCUAGCUAUACGAGGUCUGUGAAAAUGCUACGGUCAGAAUUUUGGCUGAAUCCGCCCCUGGGGGUAUAUUAUAGGGGGUACGCAUCUCCGAAAACCGCGCUGUUUUUCAAAUUUUAACCGCAAGACUUGAAAACAAGUCAAAAAGUUUCCAAAGUUGCAAAAUUAUGCGGAUUCCGAAUCCGUAGUCCCAGAGGUCUAUGUCAACAACCCUGAAAGUUUUUUUUAAUUAAACCUCUAGUUAUAGAACAAAGAUGAGAGUUAUUAAAUAUAAUAUUUGACAUUUGUUAUGAAGUGUCAUCAGUUGCAAUUGAGAUUUAGAUUGUUUUUAAAAAUUGUGAAGAAUUUGAUAGAUUUGAAAUUAAUAUGCACUUAUCAUCGGCUUCUCCGGGGUUCGACCUUUCGACCCCCAGGACACCCCAGGGAACAGCAGGGGGGGGGAUUUGUUGUCUUUUGUAAAAAAUAGUGUCCGUCGGGGAAGGGGAAUUGUUUGGGUUUGGUAACAGGCACAGUUAACCCCUGGGAUAAACCCGUGGGAUUUUGUUUCACAUACCGAUAUGGUCGACCAGUGGUAUCUAAAAAUUGUUCAGUUUGAAUAGUAUAGACUUCAUCUUACCCUAAUUAUUUAUAAUUCAGCGCAUGCGCAAAUAAAGUUUUUCUAGCGUGCAUGCUUUAAUGCUUUACGCUUGAACCUGAUAAUUUUGGACGUUUAUAUGCAGAUUUGUGGGUGGAAAGGGGCUGUAACAUGAUUUUUGGUGAUUAGCAUAUCCGAAAAUUAUUGCUGACCGAGGAAAUAAUUAAAAUUAAACAAAAAAACAGGUGGGCCAAGGGUAGGGCCAUACCGGGCCAUGGACUAGGGCCAUGUUUUACCUACAUCCAUAAAAAGUCGCGGACACAAUUUUGGCUGAGUGAGACAUCUGGUAUUAUCUAUCAUCUGUGCGAGAAGUCUCACUCAAGCAAGUAUUUGUCUGCGUUUUUACAAGCGAUUCGUCAUCAAUCGUGCCAUCCUGGCUAGUACAACCGGCACUUUGUACCUACCAAAACCUGAUAAAAACUUCCGGCUGUACUAGCCAGGAUGGCGUGGAUUGGCGUGAGCAAGUUAAAAUUUUCGUGGAUGUAAAACAACAAAGGCACCGACUCAAGUUACACUUCUGCUAUACUUUCCUAUUUUGUGCCGUAGCGUACUAACUACGGACCACUACAUUUAAAUUCACUACAUUUAAAUUCACUACAUUUAAAUUCACUACAUUCCUUUAGGCCGCAUUUACGUUUGGCACUGAUGCAAAAUAUGUAAUUUACGGCAAUUAGUGCGAGCAACUCAGAGGACUUUGACUACAUUAGCACAGAAUACAAACCCAUUCAGAAAGUCAUCUCUAUUAAUUGUUUUUUGCGUGGGCAUCUUUGCUGAGUUUGUUCCCUUCUUUUAACAAUUCUUUUGCUUUUUUCUCUAAAAGCUUUUGACAUUUACCAAAUCUUGCAAAAAUGAAAUAUAUUUGCAAGAAAUGUUUUCAAUUUCGCUGUUGUCAUGCAGUCGUUAUAAUGCAUAUUUUAAAUUGGACCAAUAAAAUGUUCGCUAUUCAUGACAGUCCGCUAUAUUUUGAGACCAAUGAGGAUGACCGCUUAUGCACAGUAACCCAUGCCCGCAAUCAUUGAUGAACUUUAGACUUCGCUAAUGCUUUCCUUUCCCCAGGGGUAAAACAGUGAACUCAAUCUAUUUACCUGGAAUGAUAACAUUCAGUCAUAGAGUCACAGAAUAGGAAGUUAUACCAGAAGCGUAACUCGAGCAAGUAUUUGUCCGCAUUUUUACAAGCGAUUCGUCAUCAAUCACGCCAUCCUGGCUAGUACAACCGGCACUUUGUACCUACCAAAUCCUGAUAAAAACUUCCGGCUGUACUAGCCAGGAUGGCGUGGCCUGACGUGAGCGAGUUAAAAUUUUCGUGGAUGUCAAACAAUAAGGGAAACGACUAGAGUUACGCUUCUGGUAUAACUUCCUAUUCUGUGAUAGAGUGAAGCCUCGCGUGAGCAACAUGUGAGCAGUGGCGUCAGCCCUCCACGCCAUUUCCACGCCAUAUAGUAUGUCAGUUUCAGUCUCUUUAUACGCCAUCACCGCGCGGUCUGAUCGCCACACCAUAUAGUAUGUCAGUUUCAGCCCCCUUAUAUGCCAUCACUGUGCGGUUUAUCACGAAUCAGCGCACGUCAAGUGGCGUUGGCAUUGGCUUCACGUUUCUCCCGCAUGUUAUCAUUCCAGAUAAAAGACAUGGAGUUCACUGGGGUAAAUAGGCGGGUGGAAUUAGUACCCUUGUCAGGGGCUUACGCCCAGAACGGCGCUCGGAAAUACAUAAGCCUAUUCAGGUUUAAUCGCAUGAAUAAAAGAGCAUACCUGUAUAAAAAAUUGUCAAAUUACUAAUUAGUCAUAUCACUUCUAUUCUGACACCCUGUACAGUAGUUAAUAUAUAAGCAUCUAUCACGACCACAUAUCAUAUACGUUUUGACAAUUUUUGAAGAGACCGUCAAUAUUUCUCAAAAUAGUUGUUAUGAGGAUUUGUAUAAUAUAUAAACAACUGUAAACAUUUCGUUUACUAUUUUACUAAUUUGAAAUACUGAAAUAUAAAAAUUAUUAUAAACUGUCAGCAGGGGCGGUGACCUCUUUGAAUGAGGGUCCCAAGGGUCCUAUCUUUCGUUUCCCAAAAUUGUUGGUGAGCAGCAACCUCGUCCCCAGGGCCUAUUGAGGAAGGAGGCCUUAGCUGCCCUUCGCAUCUUUCCUCAAAAGGCCCUGGGGACGAGGUUGGAUGAGCAGCUGCUCAAGAUCAAAAAAAAUUUUCCGCACAACAUAUUUCUCAAUCUUAUUUUAUGUUCAACUACCAUUGUUCAUUCCAUUUUCCCUAAUUUUUUUGUAAAUUUCUUUACUUUUAGCUAUCAUUCUUAAUUUUUAAUUGAUGUCACUCAAAUAUUUCAUUUUAUUUCUUCCUAUCCAAAUCCAUGUUUUUUUGCCGACAGGGAUCCAAUAUUUUGCUGACUACCAGUCAGGGCCGAUAGGGUGUUUCACUACCCACUACCCCCCCCCCCCCUUUAGCGCCAGCCCUGACUGUCAUUCUACAUUUUACAUUAAGAGGGUCUAGAUGGGGGGAUCUGACAAUCAGUAAACGGUAAAAAUUUUUGUAUUUUAACUGUAAAAUUUUGGUAAUUUUAAUGGUAAAUCUUCGAAAAGUGUUCUGAAACGAUAAGCAGUAUUUUUUUCCUCGCGCUUCACUGUAAAUUUUUAGUGUUUUCAUGACUGACGGUAACUGUGAAAUUGAGUGAAUCACGACUCACAAUAUGUCAUCAACACCCUCCUUUAAUACAUUUAAUACAUAACCCUGUUGUUGGUUCCUGACACUUUAAAGUAUUUAUGUGUGGUAUUUGUACGUUUGUAAUUUAAAUUUUUCUUUUUGUCAUAUCGAAAUAAAAAAAAAAAAAAAAAUUUUGCUAAAAGCUGUUGACUUGUCAUAGAAAGAGACAAUUACCAGGAGAAUGGAAAAUUGUAUAACUAAUCUACAAAACGCCCCCUCAUAAUAAGGCGUUUUGUCAUCACUGAAUUAUAAGUAAACUGGAAUGAUAACUCAGGGGGGGGGGGAUUGAAGCCAUGCUUUGUAGGUAGUGCCAGUCCCUUGUUGCAAAUUGUUUUUGAAAAAUGCACUUUUUAUAUCGACAAAUUUUACCCCUUUAAUUUUUCAUCUUAGAGCAUACUGUCAGUAAGACCGUUAUUCUUUUCACUCAAGUACUUACAAUAAACAAACAUCAUUAAUUAAACUGCAAAAAAUAUUACAGGGCCAAAACAAAAUUUGUCAAAAAAUGGUCACCCAGUUUUGUUUGCGGUUCUUGAGGGGGGGGCCGGGGGGGGGGGUUAAUAGGGGUAUACAAAUCCGCCGAUCCGCCCAAAUUUGAAGCAAAAUCCACCGAUUCGACAAUGGUCUUGUCUAAAUUUGGAUUCGCUAAAAGCUCUACUAUGAAGUUACAAUCCAGGAUCCGAACUAAAUUGCAAGCAAAAUACACAAUCCGAGCCAAAAUAUUAGAUAAUAAACUAAUAUCUUGUUUCACGGCAGGGGAAUUGGCUUUAUAUAGGUCAGUGGGCAGGAGUCUCUAUUAUAUUAUGGCGUGUACGAAUUCGGCACGCUAAAAACGCGUUCGGAUUGUGCACGCAUAAAGGUCCAUACACACCGGACGCGAUUCGACAACGCGACGCGAUGUUUCGAUUUCCAUUGAACGAUAACUUUGAUCCUAGUUAAAAAUUUUCCAAAUAUUUAGAAGCAUUAUAACAUUUUGAGUUAUUUGGUCUACAUACCUUUCAAAAUUUGCUCUCAUUGGCUGCUUUAUUAACUUUCAAAAACUAAAAAAUCGCGUCGCGUUGUCGAUUCGCGUCCGGUGUGUCUGGACCUUAAGACACAGUUACUGUGGGUUUUUACUGCAAUGGAUUUGUUAAGUGUGCAACUAAGUAUCGUCCUACAAUUAGAAUUGUAAAUAUUUUAAUCCGGAAUAACCGUUUUAGCGCAAAUUACUGGUAUAUCAAUGACCUGUUUAUGCACACAUAUAUUAUUUUCUGAUUAUGUUCUAGACUAGCUAGUGCUUGGCGGCCAUUCACUUCUUAAUAAAGCUGUCGAUUGACUACUGGGUAGGGUGGGGCAACGAUUUAUUGCUAUUCGUAGAUUCAUGUACGCGUAGCGUACCUAUUUUUUCUCUUGUAGAAAGAGGGGGAGUUAACAAAAUACAAGAAUAUGUUGCAGGGUUGGAAAAAUUAUCACUUCAAGUUGGAGAGCAGUUAUUUACAUUAUUAUAAAACAAAAUAUGUGAGUGUUGCAGCACAUAAUUAUCAUUUAGUGCAUUAACAUUUGAUUUGCAUUUGAGUUGCACUAAAUAAAAAUUUUUUUAUUCAUUUUUUUGUACUAGACAAGGGAACCUCUAGGCACCACAACUAGAGGUAAAAUAUCCAAAGUUACUGAGUCUAAAGACAAUCCACUAAUUGGAUUUGAAAUUCACCUCAAAUCUGGAGAAAUUUGGAAAUUGAAAGCAGCAAAUCAUGUAUGUUUGAGUAAAAACCUUUAUUGUGAGUUGUUAAUUCAACCAAUCAGUAAUUGACAUGAUCUUGGUUAAACUAUUGUGAUUAGACACUUUUGUAAAUUGUUUAGGAGGAAAAAAUAAAUUGGAUGACAGCAUUAAAACCUGAUUCCGUCGACCUAUUCAAAGUACAGUACAUUUCUUUUUUCAUUGUGGAAAACGUAUGAGUAUUUGAAUCAGUCAGUCGCAUAGGGAGUGGAACCGGGAGAGCUAGAGGGACUAAUUAAAGCCCUUUAACUUUGAGAAGUAGAAAAAAGAGGAGGAUAAGCCUCUCCAAAUAUAAGGUUUAUUAUAUAAUAAGUGUUCAUAAUUCCCUGUUAUGUGGCUUGAAACAGUUGUUAUGGGGAUUUAAAGAUGAUUUCCACUCCGUUCUGCGCAUCAAUUCUGGGACCCCCAGAUAUAAAGAUUGUCCAAAUUUUGCAUCUUUCGGACUUUUUUAAUUGAAACGUAGAGUUUAUAUUCAUUUACAAGCAUAGCAAACCAGAAAAGUGUUAGAUAUUCAGUUAGUAUAUCAUAUUUUACAAAUAUAGCAGUUCAAAACGUAAACAAAGCUCGCGCAUGUGCAGAGGAGUGGACAUCAUCUUUAAAUCAAGGUUUCUGCAUUUCAAAUCUUCCUUAAGGCCCGUUUACACUUGCAAUUUCGGCUGCGAUUUUAUGUGCGAUUUUCUUCUUCUGAUGCAUGUGAACGAGUGGAUGAGUUAUUAAUGUUCAGUCGAUACUACAUCAGUGAGACAUCUACUCAGAACAAACAACUUAUUUACUCCUUCACAUCCAUCAGAGGAAGAAAAUCGCACUAGAAAUCGCAGCAAAAGUUGGAAGUGUAAACGGGCCUUUAGAAUGCUGAAAAUGUCUCCGCCCAACCAAACCAGUUUUCUGUUGCCAAAGGUCAGUCAGAUGAUCAGAUGGUCAAUCAGUCAGUCAAAAUCGUCUGACUGGCUGACUGACUAACCAUUCAAAUGAUUAACCUGACUGGUCUCAGUCACAUGGUUGGUCAGUCAGUUUAUUAUAAUAUAUUAAAAAUGCUUUAUGUUUUAAUUUAGAGCAAUGCAGCACCUCUCAGUGGCCAGCAAGCUAGUCCGAGUGUGCCACCACAGGAACAACCAGGACCUCCACCAGCCUAUGAAGAUAUUAAUUUUAGUUAAUAGAUAUUAUUGUAUAAGAAACAAAAUUUUUUGUAUAAGAAGAAAUUUUUGUACAGAAAUUUUUGUACAGAAAUUUUUGUAUAAGAAGAAAUUGGUGGGGUAUUCUGCUUUUAACCCCCGAUAUCUUAAAGUUUGUUUGUCUUGUAUUGUGUAAAGGGUCGCUGUAAUUGGCGAAAGCUGUAGCGUAUACCCAGCCAUGUCAAUGUAUGUAUAGCAAGUGAUUUUAAGUUGAUUUGGCAAAGCCUAAUAAAUAAAUAAAAUAAAUAAAUUAUUACUUACAAAAGGCAUUCACCACGUGAUUGUCCACCAUUUUGCAUAUUUUUAGGGGGGGAGGGGGGUGAAUGCCUCUCAUAAGCACAAUGGCUAGCCUGAACAUUGCGACAGCAUUGUCAGCAUUGCACCGAAAACGCCCAAAAUCAUAGGCAAAACCAAGGAGUCUCCCUUCUGUAAGGGUUCUAAUCCUUGACCAGUGUCCCAUUCAAGUGGCCAAACAAAUAUUUGUAGAAUUGAAUCUGGAUGUAUGCACGGACUGUAUAUUAGCUGAGUAAGCCAACUUUACUGAAGUUAUUAUAUGGAAUGUUUCAUUGGCAACUAGAUCAGAACAUGUAUUAUCAAUGUAUUUUGUAUAUAUAAUUAACAAUUAUUGGAUGAGGUUUUUGUGAUAUGCG